AUGAGCUGUGUUCAGGCCCAAAUUUUAGAAAGGAAUAAUAACUCAAAGCAAAUGGAUGAAGAACUGAAUGAUUCUGAUAUAUCCUUGGAUGAUUCGAUACAUUCGGGUGAAAACGACGAGCUAGUAAAUUUACUAGAUGUUCCAUACACCAGUACUGAAUCACGUGAAGAGGAAUCACUGGAAUAUGAGAUAUUACAUCCCAAUCAAUUGUCACAGUUAAUGUCUGACAUCAUUAAAGAAGUGGAACAAAUAAUUCAAGUUGCUCCAACAUAUCUGCGAUUAUUACUUGCUCACUUCAAAUGGGAUAAAGACGCACUGAUGGAAUUUUAUUUUGAACAUGGAAAAGCGCAUACAUAUGCUCAGGCAUCCAUUGUAGAUCCUAUGGAGAUUCCGGAGACAACUAUUGUUAUGGGACCAAGUAAUUUGUACGAAAAUAAAACUGAAGCUCUUUGUGAUAUAUGCUAUCUUCCAAUAUCUCCAAGUCAAAUGUAUGGAUUAUCCUGUGCUCAUUACUUUUGUAUGAAUUGUUGGCAGCGAUAUCUGAAAAUAAAGAUAAUGGAAGAAAGUCAAAUUGAUCGAAUUUAUUGCCCUUCAACAAGUUGUCGAGUACUUGUUGAAGACGAGGUUGUGUUUCAAAUGAUUACCGAUCAAAAUGUACGCAAGCAUUUUCAGAAACUGAUAUGUAAUAGCUUUGUUUGUCAUAACCGUGCACUAACUUGGUGCCCUGGUGUUAACUGUGGACAUGCUGUUCGUUGUUUUGGUCCACGUGAACCAAAUCAGAUCACAUGUACAAACUGUGCUGAGUGUUUUUGUUUUGCCUGUGGUCAACCGUGGCAUGAUCCAGUUCGUUGUGAACAGUUAAAAACAUGGAUUAAAAAACUUGAAAAUGAUAGUGGUACACUUGGUUGGAUUGCAGCUAACACAAAGGAGUGUCCAAAAUGUCAUGCUACUAUAGAAAAAAAUGGUGGAUGCAAUCAUAUGACCUGUCGAAACGUAGAUUGCAAACAUGAGUUUUGUUGGAUGUGUUUAGAUCGCUGGGAACCACACGAACAAUCAUUCAUUAUAUUUGAAAGUAAUCAAAGUGAUUUGGAACAGUCGACGGAACAAUUGUCAGAAUACUUAGAUCGAGAUCUUUCCAAUAUUAAUUUGAAUGAAUUGAAACAGAAAAUGCAGGAUAAAGCCAGAUAUUGUGAAAGUCGUCGAAAUGUCCUACUAGAUCAUGUACAUGAAGGUUACGAUAAGGGAUUCUGGGAGCAAUCUGACAUUUGUUGA